AAUUCUUCAGCUUAGAGUCACUCAAUCUUUGUCUCCAAGUCACGUUACAAAUAUCCCACCCUCCCUCUAUGCCCAUCUCUAAGACUAGCAUGUGUAUAUAGAGAGAAAGCAAAGCAUCCAACUUCACCAAUUUCCUUCACUGAGCAACAAAAAUGGAAGGACAAUACGAAGAUGUGAGGUUGGGAGCAAACAAGUACAGGGAGAGACAGCCUAUAGGAACAGCUGCUCAAACCCAAGAUGACAAGGACUACAAGGAACCACCUGCGGCUCCACUUUUCGAGCCUGGCGAGUUAUCCUCAUGGUCCUUUUAUAGGGCCGGCAUUGCAGAAUUCGUGGCCACUUUCUUGUUUCUUUACAUCACUGUUUUAACCGUAAUGGGUGUUGCCAAAUCUUCACACAAGUGUUCAACUGUGGGGUUUCAGGGCAUUGCUUGGGCUUUUGGUGGCAUGAUCGUUGCUCUUGUCUACUGCACUGCUGGCAUUUCAGGGGGUCACAUUAACCCAGCAGUGACUUUCGGGCUGUUGCUAGCAAGGAAGUUGUCGCUGACUAGAGCAGUCUUUUACAUGAUAAUGCAAUGUCUUGGAGCCAUAUGUGGCGCUGCUGUCGUCAAGAGCUUCCAAAAGACUCAGUAUGAAAGGCUAGGCGGCGGUGCAAACACCAUUAGCUCAGGCUAUAGCAAGACUAGUGGACUUGGAGCUGAGAUUGUUGGCACCUUUGUCCUUGUUUAUACUGUCUUCUCUGCCACUGAUGCUAAGCGUAAUGCACGGGACUCCCACGUUCCUAUAUUGGCACCUUUGCCUAUUGGGUUCGCAGUCUUCGUGGUCCACUUGGCAACCAUUCCCAUUACAGGAACAGGCAUUAAUCCUGCUAGAAGCCUUGGCGCAGCUCUUAUUUACAACAAGGACCAAGCAUGGGAUGACCAUUGGAUAUUCUGGGUCGGACCUUUGAUUGGAGCAGCCCUGGCUGCUUUAUACCACCAAAUAGUGAUCAGAGCCAUUCCUUUCAAGUCCAAAUAAUCGAUAGAUGAUGGAAACAGUGAUUGAUAAGUGAAACUAUUGAGUCUAUGAUGAUGUGUUCCUUUCCAUUUUCCUUUUCUCUUCCUCUGAUGUGUUCCUUUCCAUUUUCCUUUUCUCUUCCUCUGAUCCUUUUCUUUCUUUUUCUUUUCUGGAUGUAAUUAAAUGAUGGGUCAAGGUAAGGAUGGUGCAUAUAUUGCGGUAGUUCCAUGGGAGAGAAAUUUAUAUGUCACUUGUGUUCCCGUUCUCAAUGUAUUGAUCCACUAUUAAUAUGGAGAAUUGGCCACUUCCUAUUCUGAAUAAAAUAUUGAUUGGAAUAGUUGACUUUAUAA